UCGGGUCCCAGCAACACCCUCAUGACCCGGCGCACCUCACCUUAACUACCCGAGCGGCCCCUCGGCUACCGACAUCCCUCCCAACGGCCAACCAAGCUCAGUCAACUUGGAUCAGCCUUGACUCUCUUGUCAAGCUGUCUACUGGCCAUCAUCAACAGCCCGUCCCUACCCUGUCAUACCCCAGCCCAACUCAUCCAAGUCAACAGGGCAUGAGUUCUCACAACCUGAACUAGAAGUUCAAUUCAAUCACAAAACCCAUCGUCGGCCUGGUUUUCUUCCCCUCGCCCAACAAAACAAUCAAUACCCAAAAGCUUCAUAAUACCCUCUCAACUCGUUACUCGCUCGGCUACAGCAUUUGGGUACCUUAGCAUUGUCCGAAAUGGCACCGCCACCUCAAAGACGUACCAAGGCUGUCAAGAAAGGCAUCCAAUUUAACCUGAUGGUCGUAGGUGCAGCAGGCACCGGUCGCACCACUUUUGUCAACACCCUCGUAGAACGUAAAGACUGGCUACAGCACACGGAUCACACUGAUCCGGCCGUUGCACAUGAAAGCCGCGCAUUUAUUGAGAUCCACAAGCAAACGAUCGAACUGGAACAGGGGAGUAUUCCCGUGCGUUUGACGGUCUGUGACACCCCAGGAUUUGGAGAUAAUAUCGACAACGAGUCGGCGUUUUCGGCGAUUUCCGACUACCUAGAGAAACAAUACGACGAUCUAUUAGCUGAAGAAUCGCGCAUCAAACGGAACGCCAGACUCGAAGAUAGUCGGGUACAUGCAUUGCUCUACUUCAUCACUCCCACUGGCCAUAGCUUGAGGGAAAUGGAUAUUGAGUUGAUGAAACGACUCUCCCCUCGGGUUAACGUGAUUCCAGUCAUCGGCAAGGCUGAUAGCUUCACUCCCAGCGAAUUGAAGGGCUUCAAAGAAAGGGUCAUGCAAGACAUUGAGCACUAUGAAAUCCCAAUCUACAAUUUUCCCUUUGACCCGGAAGAAGACGAUGAUGAAGUGAUUGCUCAAAACUCGGAAUUGAGGGCCAUCUUACCAUUUGCUAUCGUGGGAUCAGAAGAUGAAAUCGAAGUUGGUGGCAGAAUGAUCCGAGCAAGAAAGUAUCCAUGGGGAAUCAUCGAGAUCGAUAACCCAGCCCACACCGAUUUUCUGAAAUUAAAGAACACAUUGCUAGCAACCCAUUUGACUGACCUCAAGGAAAUUACCCACGAUUUCCUGUAUGAGAACUACAGAGAGCAAGCCUUGAGUCGAGGGAAUCACAGUCAAGCAGUUGACCAGCCGAUCCCCUCGGUCGAUCUUGCCAACCGGGCCUUCAAAGUCAAAGAGGACCAGUUAAGGAAGGAAGCCGAGAAGUUGAAAGAGAUCGAGCUACGUGUGCAGCGAGAAAUGAGCGAGAAGCGUCAAGAGCUGAUCGCCAAAGAAGAGAGUCUUCGGAGUAUGGAGGCUCGUUUGGCUCAAAGCAUGGGCGAGAGUCCCAGACGAUCUAAUUGAAUAUAAAAGAAUCAAAUACCUUUUGAUCGAUCUUAGGAUUCUCUUGAUUCCCUCCUUCAGAUUUCCAUAUGAUUCUCUCAUGGCCUCUGCAUUUCAUUCAAUGUUGCUUUCAUAUAGUCGUUCUUACUUAACCAAGGAUUGUCAUUAUACCUCUCAUCUUACAUACCUUCCCAUGAAGCACUUCUUUCCUUUCAUCUCACUUUUUUGCAAUUGUUCCAUCUCCUUGAUCUCGUUCUUUGUUUGACUCCAUUGUAAAAAGUAGUUGGUUUCCGGAAUCAGUUGGAAGGGCUUAUUUUUUGUUGUAGUUGUCAUCUUCCCUGGAUUGUUUUUUUCCCUUUUUCACACAUACAUCACAGUUUGCUUGUGUUAUUGCCUCACGAAAGAUGUAGGAAUUGUUCUCUGGUUGUUGUUUAUAUCUAGUACUUGGACAUUGGAAUCAUGGUAAAUAGUCUGCAUACCAAAAUCCAUGUUUGAUUCAUCU